CCCUCGGAUUCUUUCCUGUUCCAGUGUUCCCUGAAUCAUUGAAAUUUCUGUCUGGGGGUUAUGACGAGAAACUAACGGCAUUGCCUUUCCUUCGUCUUUCCCACCGCAAAUUUUUCCUAGUUUCGGACGAUGUACAAAUCCCUGUUCGUCCACCGUUCUCGCUACCAUUCUAUCAGCAAACUCCUCUUCUGGACCCUUCUGUUCCUCGUUGUGAUUUUCUUCGUAUUCUUUCGGCCGCCUCCUACCCCUGAUUCCUCUCGCCGCCUUCUUCAGGAUGGUCCCGAUUGGAAGAGUCGGGUCCUCAAAUCGGCCCGACCCAAGUCUGGAACCAACCGUCGUCGCAUUGUGCUCGUCACUGGUGCUGCCGGAUUCGUUGGAACCCAUGUCUCCGCCGCGUUACACCACCGUGGGGACGGGGUGGUAGGGCUUGAUAACUUCAAUUCCUAUUAUAAUCCUUCCCUGAAACGUGCUCGUCGCGCUCUUCUUGAGCGUGCAGGAGUGUUUGUUGCGGAAGGUGAUAUCAAUGAUGCUGAAUUGUUGAAAAAACUUUUUGGAUUGGUGAAAUUCACCCACGUAAUGCAUCUCGCCGCGCAGGCGGGUGUGCGUUACGCAAUGGAGAAUCCUGCUUCAUACGUGAAGAGCAACAUUGCUGGACUUGUUAGUGUUCUUGAGGUGUGUAAGUCGGCGAACCCACAGCCUGCAAUUAUAUGGGCAUCUUCGAGUUCCGUUUAUGGACUCAAUACUAAGACCCCCUUCUCGGAGGAAGACAGAACCGAUCAGCCAUCGAGUCUGUAUGCAGCCACUAAGAAAGCUGGUGAAGAAAUUGCGCACACUUACAAUCAUAUAUACGGGUUGUCAAUCACGGGGUUGCGUUUCUUCACAGUUUAUGGACCAUGGGGUAGGCCUGAUAUGGCGUAUUUCUUUUUCACGAAGAACAUAUUGGAAGGAGAGAAAAUAACCAUAUUUGAAGGUCCUGAUCAUGCUACUGUGGGCAGAGAUUUUACCUACAUUGAUGAUAUAGUGAAGGGUUGCUUGGCUGCAUUGGACACUGCAAAGAAGAGUACCGGCAGUGGUGGAAAGAAGAAGGGGCCAGCACAAUUGCGGGUGUUUAACCUUGGGAAUACAUCUCCGGAGCCUGUUGGGAAUCUUGUGUACAUAUUGGAGAAGUUGUUGAGGGUGAAGGCUAAGAAGGAUGUGUUGCCUAUGCCUGCUAAUGGUGAUGUUCUGUACACCCACGCAAAUAUAAGCUUGGCGCAGAGGGAGCUUGGGUAUAAGCCUAGCACAGAUUUGAAAACAGGGUUGAAGAAGUUUGUGAGAUGGUACCUUGAUUACUAUGGAUAUGGGAAGAAGAGUUCUGUAUAAAUACACAACAUUUUGUGGAACUAUGGUGGUAGUUUGGAGCAUGAUUAUGAUGCUUUUCUCUGGAAGAAGAUUAGGUAACAAUCAUAUUCAUUUAGGUGGGGAUUCUUUCUGGUGUUUGCCAGACUCUGGGUUUCAUGGAGGCUGGACACGUGAAAUCUCAUAUUGUGAUUAUAAUUUACAAAGUUGCCAAGGCAGACAGAGUCUGAGAAAAGCCAGAGAGGCCAACUUUUAAUACAUAGAUAUUGACAGAGCGAUAUGCAGAGUUAGGGCCUUCAUUUUUCAUGUUAUUCCUGACAUUAUGGAAUUUCUGCAAUCAGGAUUUGAUGGUUUUACUUCGUUUAUACCCACAAUUUUGCUUCUUUAAUGCCCCUUUGAAGGAGGGAAAUUUAGUUCUACU